UACACUGUGCGGCGCCUGCAGCUCAGAGCGGAGCCAUGAGCUGGACCUGCCCGCGUUGUCAGCAACCCGUUUUCUUUGCAGAGAAAGUGAGCUCCCUGGGCAAGAACUGGCACCCAUUCUGCCUGAAAUGUGAGCACUGCCACAGCGUCCUGUCCCCAGGAGGGCAUGCAGAGCACAACGGAAGGCCGUAUUGCCACAAACCAUGCUAUGGGGCUCUCUUUGGACCCAGAGGGGUGAACAUUGGUGGUGUGGGCUCCUACCUCUACAAACCUCCCAUUCCCACACCUGCCAGCACCACUCACCUUAGCCCCAGCAGCUUCAGCCCCCCCAGGCCCAGGACUGGCCUCCCUCAGGGCAAGAAAAGCCCUCCCCACAUGAAGACAUUCACUGGGGAGACCUCAUUGUGCCCGGGCUGUGAGGAACCUGUCUAUUUUGCUGAGACGGUGAUGUCUUUGGGCAGAAAUUGGCACCGACCCUGCCUGAGGUGCCAGCGGUGCCGGAAGACCCUGACUGCUGGAAGUCACGCUGAGCAUGACGGCGCCCCCUACUGCCACAUUCCCUGCUAUGGCUACCUGUUUGGCCCCAAAGGUGUGAACAUUGGUGAUGUGGGCUGCUACAUCUAUGACCCCGUGGAGAUAAAAUCUAAAUGAAAUACUCACAGGAGAGGUCACACUAACCCAGGUCGUCCAUCAACCCCUCUGUGGUCCAGUGGAAGCUACAGAGUUUUCUAGUCCCAUGAGAGUGGGAGAAGGUGGGAUUCUGGCGGCCUGGGCCUAGGCUCCAUGGUAGACCAGAGUCUACACUUUCUCUGCCAACUCCUCCCUCUCCCAUUCCUAUCUGGUCAGGGGACACAGGCCCACCUGUGUCCUACCUGAAGGGUAGCCUCUUGGUCUUUCCAAUCCCUUGACCCAGAAAAUUCUGUAACUUCAAGGUACUCAUAAAACUUGUGUUUAUUUUUGCUUCUCCAAUAAAAUGUUGGCUCCCAUG